AAAAUCUACCUUAUGACGAUACUUUAAAAACUAAAUCAGUAGUUGAAUAAUCCUAAAAUUGACAACUAGGGUUUUUGACAAACGAAUCGAUUGUGACAGAGGGUGCAUCCAAUUUUCCUCUCGCUUGUGAAGAUCAGUCCCAGCAAAAAGAAGAAAAAAAUCUCCACACGGCAUCAUUGCUGUUAACCACAUAAAGUCCCACUCGGCUUCACUGCUACUUUCGCGUGUUACUAUUUUACGCCAUGGGAAGGGGAAAAUUCAAGAGCAAGCCCACAGGUCGCCGCCAGUUUUCCACCCCGGAGGACAUGGCUGCCGGUACGUCUUCUCGUCCCAAGACUUUCAGACAGAAAGAAGCUGAGCAUGAAGAGUCAGAACAGGAAUCUGAGGAAGUAUCCGAGAAUGAAUCUGGAGAAGAAUCUGAAGGAGAAACUAAAAAAACAAAAGGUACUCAAGGGAUUAUUGAGAUUGAAAACCCUAACUUGGUGAAGCAAAAGAACGUGAAGGCUAGAGACAUUGAUAUUGGGAAAACAACCGAGCUUUCAAGGCGGGAAAGAGAAGAGCUAGAGAAACAGAGAGCUCAUGAGCGCUACAUGAGGUUGCAAGAGCAAGGAAAAACAGAACAAGCAAGGAAGGAUUUAGAACGUUUAGCUCUUAUACGUCAACAGAGGGCAGAAGCUGCGAAGAAGCGUGAAGAAGAGAAAGCUGCCAAAGAACAGAAGAAGGCUGAAGCUCGCAAGUAAAAUUCUAAUGGGAGAUUUCAUGUGUCCUUAGUUUUAGUCGAAUUCUGCAGGUGCAGUAUGUGUUUUCAACGCAUUUUAAACUUCUGUUAAUUUAAUGUUAUAUUGGGUUUUAGAUUUACCAAUCCGCUUUGGUAACAUUUUAAUGCAAAUAUUUCCUCAUUCACGUAUCUUGAAAUCAGACUAAUUUUAUAUAUAUCAUUAUAUUCCUCCA